AAAAUCCGUGCACACCGUCCUGCACUCGUGCAAAUCCUCCUGCACUCAAGGAUGCUGAGCAGAGUGCCUCCAUGGGCAGCCACGUGCACCAGAGGGGCUGGUGUGGGGCAGAGCGGAGCCUCAGGGUGGGGAUGGGGUCCCCCAGAACCCCCCGGGAUGGCCGUCACCCGGCGCAGGGCAGCGCAACAGUUAAGUGCAGGAUGCAGCGGGGCUGCUGAGGAAGAGGAAAUCUCAGCAGGAACACAGAGUGGCCAAGGCCAGGGGCGGCCCCGCGGGGCCCCACCAGCAGCAGGAUCCGGUCAUUGCGGGAUCCGGUCACUGUGGGGCCAAGCUGUGGGGCUGAGCUGUGGGGCUGGGUGCUGGCAGGAGACGUGGGAUGGAAGAGGGCCAGGCUGGGCAGAGCCUCUGCUCCCCACUGCACCUUGCAAGCGAGCAGCUGGACGACGACAGGGAUGAGGAUAAGGACGAGGAUGAAGAUGAGGACACAGCUGCAGCAGGGGACGAGCAGCACAUCACCACACUGCUGGCCUGCACAGACCCCCACAGCACUCAGCAUCUGCCCCAUAGGAAGGAAGUGGAGCACUCGGGGUGCACCAGCAGCCCCUGCCCCGAUGGGCAGCAGCCUCAAGGGACGGAAGCCCCUCGCCCCGACCUCUUUGCUGCCCUGCAGCACGCCGUCAGCUCGCUGGAACGCGCCGUCAUCUCCCGGCAUCGGUGCACGUCGGCACCACCAGCAGAGUGGGCACAGAGCCUGGAGGAGCUGCAGCGCGUGGCGGGGACACGGCAGGGUCUGGAGAGGGGCGAGGGGCUGCUGGAGGCGGCGGCGAGGAACGCAGCGCUGCGGGAGGCACUGGGGGACCGCGAUGAGGAGCUGAGCCGCACCACGGAUGCGCUGCAGGCGUUGCAGGGGGAGCGUGAGCGGUUGCAGGGGAAGGUGUGGGAGCUGCAGGAGGCUCUGGCCAGGCUGGAAGGAAUGGGUGGUGCUGGGGGUGACACCGUGGGGCUCAGCAGUGCCCCAGAUCUGGGGGACCCCCAGGACUUGUCUGGCUGCCUCCUGAGCUGCGAUGAAGCUCAGCCCCAUAGCACCCAGCCCCACAGCCCGCUCUCCCCCCUGCCCUCAGAGGGUGCCAGCCACGAGCUGGAGGAGAGGAUGCAACAGCUACAGGGGCACAUGGAGAGGCUGAAGGAGGUGAACCAGCAGCUCUCGACUGCCCUGCACGACUGCAAGAGUGAUUCGGAGAGGCUCAGCAUGGAGCUGGGGCAGCACGAGUCGUGCAGCAGCGCUCUGCGCCUGGCACUGCACUGCAGUGAGCGCUGCGUGGACGCCUAUGCUGCACUGCUGGAACGGAUGUGGGCAAAACUGGGCAGGGAUGGGCACGGCCCCGAUGCUGGAGCCACGGGGAAGCAGAGCGCAGAGCAUGGCUGUGGGCCCAGCCCCACACACAGCCUGCAGCUCCCGGGCCAAGCAGAGCCAAACAGGCAGGAGGAGAGCGGGGUCAGCUCCUGCCCCAGGCUGCACAGGUACCCCAUUCCCAUCCCAGGGGUGUCCCCAUGCCCUGUGCCCACCUCACUGCCACUUCAUCCCUGUCCACACAGCACCCACGGGUCAGAGGAGGGGGUCCUGCGUGAGGCCAUCCGCCAGCUGCGUGCCGAGCAGGCGGCCGUGCAGGUGUCCCUGAGCCAUGUCCCCAUGCCCCCCCGUGCCCCAUCCCGCCGUGGUGAGGACGUCUGUGCCCGCGCUGAGCGCGCUCUGCAGGAUGCUCGUGCCCUCCUGCCUGGCUGGAGGCGGCCAGAGAGAGCGGAGCUGCUGCGGGAGGUGGCAGAGCUGAAGGUGAGCGCAGCGAUGUCCCCCGGGGAGGUGACAGCAGGAGGUGAUGGUGACAGCACUGCUCUGCCAGGAGGCCAUGGCCGAGCUGAGGAUGCGGCUGCAGUUGGCAGAGAAGGAGAAGCGGGGCUUGGAAGUGCUGGCGGCUGCGCAGGGCCCACGGGAGGCAGCGCUGCGCCUGGUGCUGCAGCACAUGGAGUGGGAGCAGGGGGCUCACAGCCCCUCCAGCAGCUCCAGCAGCAGCGAGGAGGAUGCUCCAAUGGGAGCAGCAGCACCGCGGCGCCCUGCGGACCCGGAGAGGAAGGCGCAGGAGCUGCAGCGUGCAUUGGCACGCAUCGAGCAGCUGCACGCCCGAGCACAGGCCCUGGUGCUGUCCCUGGAGCAGAGCAGUGCUGUCAGCCGUGCACAGCACCAGAAGUGCAUCACCGUCACCAGAGAGUCCUUCCAGGCUCACAGGUGGGUGAGGGGAGCCUAAAUCAUGGGGCUUUCCUGCAUGCCCUGGGUGCACGUCCCUCCUGUGUGCCCCAAAGCACUGGUCCUUCCUGCACCCUCUCAAAACUCUGUGCCCUCUGCGCACCCUAAAAGUGCCAUCCCUUCCUGCACGCUCACAAAGCACGAUCUCCUCCUGCAAGCACCCUUCCUGCAAAGCACAAAGCACGGUCCUUUUCUGCUCUCCCUGUCUGCACACUGUCACCAUGCUCCAUAGUGGCACUGCACCCACUGCAACCUGCACCCACAGCCUGCAGUGCCCCCGUGCCAUCCCCAUACCCCCCAGUGAUGCUGUGCCCCCAUACCAUCCCCAUACCCCCCAGUGAUGCUGUGCCCCAUACCAUCCCCAUACCCCCCAGUGAUGCUGUGCCCCAUACCAUCCCC